GCUCGCCUCUUGAUUGCAUGGUCGAUCCGCCGCUCCAUGCAGCCCACCCCUCCGGAAAAGAGUCCGCGGAGUCUUCUUCCGCCUAUGCCCUCCGCACGGUACCGUUGCGCCAGUUCCUCCUCCGUCGCACAGCGUCAGGGGACGGCGGAAGCGUCGCCGUCGCCCCCUGGCGCAUUUGGGGCUGCCAUAUGGGGGAUCGGCGCAGAGAAGGGGCGGAAGUACGGGCGGGGCUGGGUUCGGAUAGCGUGGUGGUACGGACCUCGGCGGAAGCGACGGGGAACCUGGUCGGUGGAAGCGAAGAGGUGGAGGGGGAGGGAGCAGAGCGGGUGGGGUUGGCGGAUGGGGUAUCGGCGGGGGGGAAAGCUAGAGUUAGUGAUGCUGCCUCUAGAGAGGACGGGGAGAAGGAAGGAGGGGCGACGGAAAAGAAAUUGUUUGUGAAAGGACGUGUGAGCCACACGAGCAUGGAGGGCGGAAGCGGGGAUGCGAAGGAAGGGGUGUCGACUAAAGAACAGGUGAUUGAUGAAGGGAAUGAGUCAGUCUCAUUAGAAGAGACAGCAGCGACCACAUCAGCAGACGGAGCAGCAGUUGAAGAAACAGAAGCAGAUAAAGAAGCAGCAGCAACGCCAGAAGGAGCCGCAGCAGAGGAAACAGAUUCAAAAGCAGUUGAGUCAGCAGAAUCGUCAGCAGGAGAAAGGACGGAGCCGCUCACGAAAACUAACGCCAUUCAUCCACCACAGCCCCUCGUUCCCUCCACUCAACCAGAGCUGGCGCAACCUUCUAUCCAAUCCCAAGGUGUGGACAUCUUCUUUCAGGGCGAGUUUGGGUACGAACUGAUCGCCGUCCUCCCAUUCGCCUACUGGCACCAUCUCAACGGCUCCCUCCGCUCCACCACCUCCUGCGGCCGACAUUCCUUAGCCUCACUUUACUACUUCAGCCCCAACCACACAGACGACGCCACGUGUCAUCGAAGUGACAUGAAGGACAACGUCGCUGCAUACGGGUUUCCUGGCGGCAUUCACUAUAGUCGCAUCCCGCCAGCCUGGCAGCCGCCCCCUCUUGCCCACUACUUCAGGAAGCUUCCCCCUGUAUGGCCGGAGAUUCCCAAGGGAUCCCGGCUGGUGGUUAUUGGGAAUAAAUACGAGCGGGAGUGGGGCCAUUCACCAGUGAAUUUCAUUGAUUUACCGACUUUAUUGGGAAUUGUUGGGGCGUAUUUAGAGGCGGGAUUUUAUGUGUUGUAUAACAACCCAGGGAUGUCACUGGAAUCAGACCACCGGCAGGUUAUUAAGGACGGCACAGAUUUGGGGGACUAUGAGGCGUUACAGGAGCGGUUUGGGGAGAAUUCACGGCUUCAAAUCAUGCAAAAUCUUCAAAAGCGGUGGCCAGACUUGGGGUUCAACGACGUGCAGUUCAGGAUGCUGGCGCGGAGUGUGUGUUUCGUGAGCGUGCAGGGAGGGGGCAGCAUUGUGGAGAGCUAUUUUGGUGGAAAGAACAUCAUCUACUUUAGUGAGGGACAGGAGGUGAAGGGCGGGGCGUAUGAGAGGAUUUACCCGCAGCUGUCUGGAGCGAAGGUGAAGGUUGUAACCAGUUAUGAGGGGCUGGUGAAGAAGGUGGAUGGGAUGAUCAAGAAGAACAAGUGCCAUGCGAAACUUCACUAG